AUGCCUACUGCUGAAGGUAGACCACAAACUCUCUACGAUAAGGUUCUUCAGGACCAUAUCGUAGAUGAGAGAAUGGAUGGUACUAUCCUACUUUAUAUCGACAGACAUUUAGUACAUGAAGUUACUUCACCGCAAGCUUUCGAGGGGUUGAAGAAUGCCGGUAGAAAAGUUCGAAGACCAGAUUGUACUCUUGCAACCACCGAUCACAACGUGCCAACCAGCUCUCGAAAAUCCCUCAAAAAUAUCGAAACUUUUGUCGAGGAAGAAGAUUCAAGACUUCAAUGUAUGACUCUCGAAGAUAACGUCAAGGAUUUCGGAAUUACAUACUUUGGUCUCGGUGAUAAGCGUCAAGGAAUUGUGCAUAUCAUUGGUCCUGAACAGGGUUUCACUCUUCCGGGUACCACUGUUGUCUGUGGUGACAGUCACACUUCUACACAUGGUGCUUUCGGAUCUUUGGCUUUCGGAAUUGACUUUGAUCACCAAACGAAGCAAAAAUAUGAGAAUCCAGAUUGA